GCGGGUCCCGGCCCAGCGGCCACGCAUGCGUGCUGCGCCAGGGGCACCAUGAGCGCGGAGCAGCUGGGGCUGGUGCGGGAGCGCAUUCGGGGAUUCCCGGACUUCCCCGCGCCGGGGGUCCUGUUUCGAGAUAUCAGCCCACUGCUGAAGGACCCAGAAGCAUUCAAGGCUGCAAUUGAUCUCCUGGAAGCUCACGUGAAGGACAAGCAUGCCCAGGUGGAUUUCAUUGCAGGUCUGGAUUCCCGAGGCUUCCUCUUUGGGCCCAUUCUGGCUCAGCGAUUGGGAGUUGGGUUUGUGCUGAUCCGUAAAAAGGGGAAGCUCCCGGGCCGUACGGAAUCCGUCUCCUACACUCUCGAAUAUGGCAAGGCAGAGCUCGAAGUUCAGAGCGACGCAGUGGAGCCGGGCCAGAAAGUGAUCUUAAUUGACGACUUACUCGCCACAGGAGGAACAAUGCGAGCAGCCUGCGAACUGAUGUCCAAGCUGGAAGCUGAGAUCCUGGACUGCGUAGUGCUCAUAGAGUUAAAAUUCCUCAAAGGCGCAGAAGUGCUCAAGCCGUUCCCUCUGUAUUCGGUGUUGCAGUAUGACUGAAGCGCAAGGAGGCGGCCGUCCGAGAGCCACAGCUGCCUGCAUCACUUCAGGGGGCUCUCUUGUCCUGCUCUCUGGGGGAAGAAGUUGCAAGUAUCUGUCUCGCUCAAGCAGGCCUUCCCUUUGCUUUUAUGCACACACACUCUUUGUGGGUACACUUCAAGAAAGCGAUCUUUGAUCUCAAUGAGUUGGUAGCUAGCUGGGCUGAGCUUUGUUGACUCUCAUAGCAGCUGGACAUAGGGGGUUCAGUUGUAGGGGCAGAUGCCAGGUUUUUUUGUGACCAAAGCAACCUUGGAAUUAUAUGGCGCUUUUAGUCAGGGGGAGAUAAUCAGUCCUGCCAGCUCCUAGGAAGUCAGUUGGCCAUUCCUUGCAGUUUAGAGUAGGCGGGGGAGGGGGGGAGCCUGCUGUGUUUUCGAUUUAAGUGCCCUGCUGAGAGAGACCGCCAUUUAUUUUUUUACAAUUUAAGCGUUUCCCUUAAUUACACUAUGCCCCCUCUCUGACAGUGUGUGGGUUCCUCAUUUGGGCACCAUUAGCUCCAGUAAAGGGAGAUGUCCGAUUUCAUAAAGGGGGGGGGGGUGAUGGUUGCCCCUGCCCAGGCGUUAUAUGGCGACGGCUGCAUUUGGCUACUGGGAGAUCACACCCUGGCCUUGCAGGGAACGUGUCUGCUCCCCUGCCGGCACCAGCAUCUCAGUGGGGAAGAGCCGGAGUAAGGGGGAGCCAUCUUCAAAAUGGGAGAUCCAGUGACUCCUUUAGCAUCAGCAAUGCCAUCUUUGAAUGCCGAGGGUUUAAUUCAUCUCCCCCCCCCCCCAACCUCCAUUUGCAGUGGGCCCUCCGUAGCUGCUGUUGCCUGCAGCAAUUACAGGCACUCCCUGUCUUGGCCCAUCCACACUGACCAUGGAAGCCUAAACAACUUGCUUUUCUAACUUGUCUCUUACAUGGGUAUUGUCCCAUCUACCUGAGAAGCAUCCAGUUCCCGCUGCAAACUAGCUGGUUUGCAGGGGCAUGCCAAAAGGAAGACAAAUGUUUCAUCUGUACCAAUGUAUGUAUGCUCCCCCCCCCCUACUGCUUUGCAGUUAAAAUACAUUAUAGACUUUUAA